CUUCUUCUUCUCCCAUCUCUUUACCAUCAACCUUUCCAACUCCCAUCUCCUCUCCUCCCCUCCCUCUUAAUACUUUCACGUUUCUUACCCUUCCCUAUUUCAUUUUUUUUUCAAACAUUCCCGAACUCGCGCGCUUCCAAACCCUAAUCAAUCCCCUCGCAAACCCAUUCCUCCCUUCAAAACCCUCGGCCGCUUCUUAUGGAUCGCUAGAUCCGCCCUCCGUCGAGGUCUUUUCCGAUCCGGUACGAGCUCUUCGGCUGGAAUACUUUUGAUCAUGCAGGGAUUGGAGAAGGAGAACAACCCCAUCUCAGUCGCUCCUUCGGCGAAGCCGCCUGCGAAGAAGGAUCGGCAUAUCGUUACCUGGACGUCUCAGGAGGAUGAUUUGCUCCGGGAACACAUUGCUCUUCACGGAACCGACAAUUGGACAAGUAUCGCAGCUUUAUUCAAGGAUAAGACCAGCAGACAGUGCCGGAGAAGAUGGUACACCUACUUGAAUUCAGAGUGUAAGAAAGGUGGGUGGUCAGCGGAGGAGGAUAUGCUCUUAUGUGAGGCGCAGAAGAUUUUCGGGAAUAGAUGGACAGAGAUUGCAAAGGUGGUAUCAGGAAGAACUGAUAAUGCCGUAAAGAACCGGUUCUCCACCCUCUGCAAGAAAAGGGUAAAGCUUGAGGCUUCUUCCAAGGAGAAUAAGGGUUCAUCGUUUGAUCAAAGUAAUAAGAGGGUUAUAGUUCAAGAUGGCUAUGCUGCAGCAGUGGCGAGGGAGUCAUCAACAUCCAAUAAGCAGAUCAGAUACCAUGUGCUUCAUCCCAAGGAGAUUAAUGAAGGGCAUAAGAGAUUUCUUGGGGAACAUGGACCGGAACAAAAUCAACUAAGACCACCUCUAGCAGUGCUUGUUCAGAACUCUGAUACUUCAAAUGGUUUGACAGAAAACCUGAGAGGACCUCUAUAUGAUGUUUCCAACAAAGAUAAUCAAGGAACCUUUAUCAGGAGAGAUGAUCCAAAACUAACAGCCUUGUUGCAACAAGCUGAAUUGCUUACAUCCCUUUCCAAGAAAGUCAAUGCUGAAAAUACCAACCAGAGUUUCGACGAGGCAUGGAAGGAACUUCAAGAUUACUUGAUCCAAACUGAAGACAGUGGGUCACUGAGAAGAAAAUUAUCUGGAAUGGGUUGUAUGCUAGAUGAGCUCAGAGACUUGAUAGAGGAUUUGAAUAGCAACAAAGAAGAGGAGCAACAACCAUUGAGGCAACUUGAUUCUCAUGAGGAUUCUCAAGGGAGUUCUGGGUGCAGCACAGGCUCAACCCAUGACUUGAAUUCUGCACAAGGUAAAAGCAAUCCUCAGUAUGAGGAUUGUUCACUGCAGACGGAUAAUGAGGUCAGUUAUCUUAAUGAUGACGCCGCAUGUUCCAGCAUGACUGCUUCUCCAGAGGCAAUCUUAUCGGUGUCUGAAAUGCCAAAGGAUGAAGUUGUGAGUGGUUGUGCACUCUCAGAAUUUGCAUCUCCCCUCCAGACAAUACCACCUUUCCAGUCGUUUACAGAUGGAAUUCCAAGCCCAGUUUUUACUUCAAGUGAGCGACAUUUCCUACUUAACGUGCUUGAUUUGUCAUCUCCGGCCACCAACACAAACUCCAGUAAGCAGCCAUCCUGCAAAAGGGCUCUUCUUGAUACCUUCAAGCCAUCCUAGUAUGUGAUAUAGAAAGUUCUACUCUAUUCUUUUAAGGAUUUCGUCAGUCCAGAAGUUAGGCGUUGUGUGUCUUUGAAAAUAUAUAGAUUCCCGUUUAUGGUUCCUGCUUUCUUUCCUUGGCUUGAAUUGCAGACAUGUCCUGUUUUUAUCAGAGGCAAUUUUAAGUCUGCAAAUAAUAGGUGUGUCCUUACCAGUGCAUUUGCAACAUCACUAGCUUUCCCACGUCCAAGCUGCCAUACUCCUGCUUGUUUGCAUACACGUACUUGCAUCAACUUUGGGGUGCUCAUUUGCCUUUUUCUUCCAUGAUAGGAUAUUGGUUUUAGUCCUCAGAUGUUUGGUUUGUCAUUCAUGUAUAUAAAGUUCAUCAUAAGGUCAUCAUUGUGUAAUGUACAUGCCAUAUCUACCAUGAAGCAUAAGGUCAUGUAGAAUUUUUCUUUGUUCUGGUUUGGUGUGCAAGAUAUAAAAUAAGAACCAUCUCCUGGUUUUAUGAGUCCCUGUUGUUUUUUUUUUUUUUUUUGUGUGUAUCUGCUCGAUUGAUUGGGUGGAUGAACCCUAGAUUCGAUCCUGUGGAGUUUAUUCUUCUUCCCUUCUUUCUCAUAUGUGUAUUUGUCAGACGGAUGUAAUAUUACUAUGGCAAUGAAAAUUUUGAGUAUUUA